GUCAUUUGGCGACAGUGGCUGCCAGUACAGUGCGCAAAGGCGCCCCUGUAUGUUGUACUUGUAGAUAAUUGUCUUUAUCGGCCAAUAGCGCGAUCAAAACCCAAUCAAUCAAUAUUUUUCUGUUUACACAAUCUAUUGAUGUUAUGUCGGUCGAUUAAAUAGCGAGCUAAUAAACGCGGAAAGUGCCGGAAAAUCGCUUUGAACGAGGUGAUGUAAAGUUUUCCCACGACCAAGAUGGCCGACACGUAUUUUCAGGGUGAUUACAUCAAACACCCUGUCGUAUAUGAGCUGUCGCACAAGUACGGCCUUCCGACCGACCACCUGACCGACUCCCAACUGCCAAGCAAGCUUGAGGAGCUCAAAGACAUCAUUAGGAGAGAAAUUCGAAAAGAACUGAAAAUCAAAGAAGGAGCGGAGAAAUUGCGCGGCGUUUCCACUGAUCGCAAGUCGCUCAGUCACGUGGCCACCAUUGUCAAGAACUCCAACUUCAAACUCACCGAGCUGAAAAAUGAGCUCAUCGAGCUGGAAUCGCAAAUUAUCCUCACCCAGGGCCAGACUUCGCCCUCCACCAACGUUCUCUUCGCAUCGAAUGGCGAUUCGCUUCAUCGGCUGGACAAAAUGAGCCCGAACCACCUGAGCCGCAUUGAGAACCUGGAGAAGCAGCUCAACAUCGAGCUGAAGGUGAAGCAGGGCGCUGAGAACAUGAUCCAGAGCAUUGGAACAUCCCGUGACAAAAAACUGCUGCUCGAGGCGCAACAGAUGCUGCAGGACUCCCGGAAGAAGAUAGAAUAUUUGAAAAUGAAGAUCACCAAAAUGAAACACGAUGUGGACUCGAAAUCGCGCACCUCCGGCUCGGUGCACGAUCUCACAUCGAAUGGGGGCGAUUUUAUGAAUCUGGAUCUGGAGCCGGUGCUGGACGAGCGGAUCGAGGACUUGAAGCAUCGGCUCCGAGUGGAGGCUGCCGUGGUGGAGGGCGCCAAAAACGUCAUCAAACUGCUGCAGAACGGCACUAAAGAACGGGGCGAGAAUCGCAAAGCUUUGCAAGAGGGAGUCCGGACCAUCUGUCGGCCUGACAAUGCCCCACUGGUGUCCAGGAUGAACCCGAGAGACCCCACGUCGCCGCCCACCCAUUUUUCGGUUCAUGCCGAAUUUACCAUCUCGCAUCCAGGGGCGGACGACCCCAGGAAUCGGCCCCGCACCAGCACGGAUCGCGACGACGCCACUGGCGGUGUCCGCAUGACCUACAGCUGGAAUGAGCAGCCGCAGGAUGCUCGACCGGAGACUUGGCCUACUAGCGCCUCAAACCACGACAGUCCCAGUUCGGCACCAACUACAACCCCGCCGCGGCUGCAACCCCCUAGCGCUAUGUUUAGCACCGACUAUACCAGAGGGUACCAGAAAGGGAACAUGUUCUUCACAUCUACGCCGCCGUUGAUCAGGCCGGAUGAAGACGAGGCCUCAAAGGAGGCCGCAAAAGUGGCCUCUUCGCUGCCCCCAGAGCUAAUAGGGCGCGGUCUCAUCCACGACUCUUCGGGGUAUGGCAGCGACUUGCUGAGCCCCAACUCAGGGGGCAGCCUGCCGCGCCGCCCCAUGCCGCCUUUUGACCGCAAGUGCCGCAGCACGUGCAACAUCACGCUCUCCACCAAUUUGCAAGGGCUGCACCAGUCGCCCCACUGCAGUCGCACGCAGAGCCUGCGUUGUCAAACCCCGUCCACAUUCCUGCAGAAGCAUUCGCAGCGGUUUUAUGGCUGUGGGGACCCGUGGUGCCACCACUGGCACCCCAAUGAGGACUGUUGCAAAAUUCCCGCGGUUCCUGAAGAAGCGCCACUUUUGCCCACAAAUGCGCCCUCUAAAUCGGGGACGUCCAAAGCGCCGAUGCAGGAGAAAAAGGACGCUUCGGUGCAGACUUUCGAAAUGGUGGAUAAAUGCACGUCGCCAUUUUUGCGCAUGAACAGUACCGACUCGGUGGAUAGCAGAAGCGUCCGCAGGUACCAGCGCAGAGGCCUGACGGAACCGCUGCGCAAAAACACAUCGUCCAUUGGGACCUUCACGCCGGACAGUCUGGACAGCAUGAAGUUUCAGUCGAGCAAGCGGUUGGCCAAAUCGCCGAAGUUGCGCCGAUCCCCCAAAGAGAAUGUUAAGGAACAGUCGCCAGCCGAUUCAAAGUCGAGCGAUCCGCUGAAGAAGCCGCGAACCGUGCACAUCGACGUCUACUGCACGGGGACUGAGAUGGAGUCGAAUGCGAGCAGUGAGUCGAGCGAUGAGGGCAGCAAAAGCGCCAGCACGCCUCAGACGGUGUUUGAGAACGACAAAAUGCGGGUGACGCAUCGCAAGGCUGAUGAGCGCGAUCUGCCUUUCUACCUGAAAAAAGCGGCCGAUUUUCACCAGGAAGUCCCCUUUUCAAUGGGAAGACCCUUGGAAACUCACACCUCCAUGGAGAAGGAGGAGUCCGACGAUGAAAACUCCAGCACGGCCUAUCCCUCCAAGCUCAGCUCUUACUCGAACAUUGGCGAUUUUUCCGCUAGCGUAUCCAGCGUGCCGCGUUCCUGGACCAGCUACUCGCUUUCCAGCUGCGCCAUUCCGGAAGACUACGACUCAGUAGCCAACACCAGCUGGAAGGACACAUUUUCGGACAUCGACAGCCUGAUGAUGAGCCGAUCCAGCAUCGCGCCCACUGAAAGUUUGGAUUUCGUGCCUCGCAGGCGAUUGGAGGCCGCCCAGAGCAUCGAUGAGGCGCCGGAGUUUGAGCGCAAAAACUUGCUGGACACCUCCAGCGUGGCCAGCGUCCAGCCGAGCGAUAGUUUUGAGUACGCCGACUCUGAGGACCGGCUCCGCAUUCGACAGAUGGAGGAAAUGUGGAAGAAUCGCGGGUCGUCCAAGUCGCUGAAAUCGCCGCUCAGCGAGCGGAAGUUGCAGAUUCAGCAGGAGCGAAUGCGGGAGUACAUCGAGAACAAAAUGCGGGCAAAGAACAAGUGGGAUUCGAAGGACAGCGACAGCAACGACUCGGACGAUUCGGGCAAGGGCUGGACGUUCAUCAAGGGCGAUGUCGCCCCCUUGCCCAAACCGGCCAGACAGAAAAGCCCCGUCAAUGCCCUGCCCAAUACAGUCAGGGACGCUUUUAUCCGAUCGGUAAAGUCCUGCGAACCAGUUCCAGUGGAGGCCAAGCGGCCGAAGGAGCCGGCCAGGGAAGAUCAGGGCUCUUUAAGCGACUCCAGUCCGACUUCGCAGUCGCCCAGCGCGAUCACCUUGAGGCAGCGGCUCAGUGGCGAUCCAAACCUGCGGUCGCCUUUUAUGAUAGUGCCGGGAAUUUACACGGAGCCGCGCUCGAUUGCUCGCAAGUUCGGCACUGUGGUCAGUGUUAUGAAAAAGCCGGGCCAUCAUGUGGGGCCGGCCAAAAAUCCCGACUGUUUAUGCGAGCAUUGCCAGUCGUACUGGCAUUCGGUGGGCGGUCGGAAUAGGACGCGAAGCGUCGGCGAUCCGCCCAGUGGCCGCUACAUCCAAAACUGGAAAGAUUUUCUCGAGCAGAAAGCUCGCGACCCCGACAAGCCUGAACAGGCGCUUUAUUCGGAUAUCGCCCAGGAAAGUUUGCGCGCCAGCAGCAUGAAGCUGGACCUGCUGCGAAAGUCGCUGGAGCAGCGCAAGGCGGAGCUGCCGCCCGAUUCGCCCAUUGCCGCCCAGCUGAAGGAGGAGCUGGCCAAUGCGCCCACUUCCAGUCCAGCAUCUGUCCACUACACCAGCUUGCAACCUUUUACAGUGCGGAGCGAAAGCAACAAAAUGCACAAUGCCAUGAGCACCUUCAAUCGGUGUGCUGCUGUUACUGGUACCUUGGAAGUGAGGCUAAUGGGCUGCCAAGAUCUACUAGAAGAAGUCCCUGGACGGCCGAAAAAGGAGUCGGACGGCAGCUCCAGUCCAAUGGAUUUGAGAUUCUUCAAAAAAGGCGUGACCGGCAGGAGUUCCUCAAAAAGCUACAGCGUGAAGGAGGACGUCAGCGACGAGAUAAUGGCUCUGUUGAAGCUGGACAAUAACACCGUGGCGCAGACCAGCUGGAGACAGUGCUCGCAACAGGCCUGGGACCAGCGAUUCUCCAUAGAGCUGGACAAGUCCAGGGAGUUGGAAAUCGGCGUCUACUGGAAAGACUGGCGCUCGCUUUGCGGCGUGAUUUUUCUGCGGCUCGAAGAGUUCAUCGAUAAUGACCGCGACGGAAUGGUGUUGCAUCUGGAGCCGCAAGGCCUGCUUUUUGCCGAGAUUAAGUUCCUCAACCCGAUGAUAUCCAAGCGGCCGAAACUGCAAAGACAGAAGCGCAUCUUCAAGCAGGUCAUGCCCAGGGCCAAGCAGAUGAACAUCAACAUCGUGACGUGGGGUCGAUGGAUGAAACAGUCGAACCGCGUGCCCAGCAGGCAGAAUCUGGCGCCCAACACGCCAGAAAUCGCCGAAUCGAACGACGCAACCGUUGUGGAGGACAAGCCGGAGACUCCGGGGGAAACUCCCGAUCCGCAGUCCUUCGGUUUGGGCGGGCAGCGCCCGUUAGGGCUGGCAGUGGCUUUGCCCAUUCCGCCGCCCAAAGUGCCGCCCACCUUCCAAUCGCCUUCCACUCCUUCCCCACAGGGUCCAUCGCGCGACUGGGUGCUGGUGCCGCCCUACCCCGACGGCACCCCGCCGCCCAUCGCCAAAAAGCGAACUGAGGCCCCUUCAGUGCCCCCGCCGCCCGUCCCACCCAGGCUGGAUCCUGAGAGCGCCGCAGCUCUUCGCGAAUUUGACUUUCUGGAGGAUGAACAGGAGGGUUGUAGGGCACGGCCCGGGCCCCUCCUCAUUCCCUCUACUCCAACCACGCCCAUUGUCGUCUUCCCCAACGACUUCGUUCUCCCCAGUCCCCAACCGCUGAUCGAAUUUCCUGACGACGAGCCGUCGUUUGAGCCAGUGGCGCGCCGCCCAGUGGCUCGCGAGGUUAGCUACCGAGACAGCGCCUACGAGUCCCGAAGACAGUCGCAAAGUCUGCCCCCAACCACUACGAUGUGUUGCGAUCACUUCCGACUGAUCAGCGUUUUGGGGCGCGGUCAUUUCGGCAAAGUGAUCUUGGCCCAGUACAAAAACACCGGCGAAUAUUUCGCCAUCAAGGCCCUGAAGAAGGGCGACAUCAUCGCUAGGGACGAGGUCGAGUCGCUUCUGUCCGAGAAGAGGAUUUUUGAAGUGGCCAACAGUAUUCGUCACCCGUUCUUGGUGAAUCUUUUCGCCUGCUUCCAAACGAGCGCCCACGUGUGUUUCGUGAUGGAAUAUGCAGCAGGAGGCGACCUGAUGAUGCACAUCCACGCCGAUGUUUUUAGCGAGCCUCGUGCUGUUUUCUAUGCCGCCUGCGUCGUUUUGGGACUGCAGUAUCUGCACGAGAAUAAAAUCAUUUACAGAGACCUGAAACUAGACAAUCUGCUCCUGGACACUGAGGGCUACGUGAAGAUCGCCGAUUUUGGACUGUGCAAAGAGGGCAUGGGCUACUUGGACCGGACGGGCACUUUUUGCGGCACUCCCGAAUUUUUGGCCCCUGAAGUCCUAACCGAAACGUCGUACACUCGCGCCGUGGACUGGUGGGGAUUGGGAGUGCUCAUUUUCGAGAUGCUCGUCGGGGAGUCGCCGUUCCCUGGAGACGAUGAGGAGGAAGUGUUCGACUCGAUAGUGAACGAUGAGGUGCGCUAUCCCCGGUUCCUGUCGCUGGAAUCCAUUGCGAUCAUGAGAAGGCUACUGCGCAAAUCCCCGGACAGACGGCUGGGGUCGAGUGAGCGCGACGCAGAAGAUGUGAAGAAGCAGGCGUUCUUCAGGCACAUCCAAUGGGAAGAACUGCUGCAUCGCAGGGUGCCGCCUCCUUUUGUACCCACUGUGCAUUCCAUGGAGGAUGUGAGCAACUUUGACGAAGAAUUCACAUCGGAAAAGGCGCAACUGACGCCUCCAAAAGAGCCGCGGCCUUUGACCAAUCAGGACCAGAACCUGUUCCGAGACUUUACGUACAUCGCCGAUUGGUGCUGACCCAGCCAUUGGAAGCGAGUGAAAGCCAGAAAUUCAGUUGCCAAAUUUGAAUUAAGCAAAUGAUGCAAAAAGCGCAUUGUUACUGGUUGGACGUUUGGUCUAAUUAAAGCUAACCCGGAGUGAAUGAUCCCAAUCCAGCAGCUUGGAUUGGAUGGUGAAUCAACAAUAAUGAUGACCACAGAGUAUUCGAUGCACUGUACAUUUUUCAAUAAUUAUCGUAAGGAAUCGUUACUAUAUUUUAUAAGUGAAAGUGCCUGUUGGAACGUGUAUGCUCACUUUUUUGUAUAUAGAUAUUUGCUACUAACAUGUAGGGUAGAGGAGUAUUUUCCGGCGCUUUAAUACAUAUCGUCGUUACAGUUUAAUUUAUAUUUAUAGCGGUAAGCAUCACUAAAAUAAGCCCACAUUGUUAUGAGAGAUUUAACAUAAACGGUAUAUUUAUGCGA